AGUUCGUCUGCCGCUGCGGCUACAGUCAGAACUCCAUUGGAAAAACUCAUCAUUUUACCGCAGCGGUUAACUGACUUGCAACCUGACGGGAUUCAACCAGUUGGCCAGAGUGCCGCUGAGCAAACUGCUGCGAGCUAAUGAACCCGUAAUGUAAGGCGAUGCUCGCUCGGCCAUCAUGGCCAGUGUCACGCUGCGGUACUUCUGUUACGGCUGCCUCGUCACCUCGGCGACCUGGUCCGUCCUCCUCUUCCUCUAUUUCUCUCUGGGAGCCGAGCCCGGCCGCAGCAGGACCCCCGUGCAGCACCGCAGCCAGCCAAUCACCAGGGUUCUGGCCAACCAGAGGGCGGGGCGUUGGCCUCUGCCGGCCAAUAAGGGGGUGGAUCUGUCGCCAGAGAUGGGGAUGAUCUUUAACGAGGCGGAUCAGGAGGUCAGGGACACGGGUUACCAUCGACACGCCUUCAACGUCCUCAUCUCCACCAGACUGGGCUUCCACAGAGAGAUACCCGACACCAGAGACUCCCAGUGUCGGGACGUGGUGUAUCCUCUGACUCUACCCUCCGCCAGCGUAGUGAUCUGUUUCUUCAACGAGGCGUUCUCCGCCCUGCUGAGGACGGUUCACAGCGUGCUGGAUCGAACGCCGGCCUACCUGCUGCACGAGAUCAUCCUGGUGGACGACCACAGCGAGCUCGAGGAGCUGAAGGACGACCUUGAUCGCUACGUCAGGGAGGACCUGAACGGGAAAGUCAAACUGGUGAGGAACCAGAGGAGGGAAGGACUCAUCAGAGGACGCAUGAUAGGAGCCUCACAUGCUACUGGUGAGGUGCUGGUCUUCCUGGACAGUCACUGUGAGGUGAACCAGGCGUGGCUGCAGCCUCUGCUGGCGCCCCUCCAGAAGGACCGCCGCACCGUGGUCUGCCCCGUCAUCGACAUCAUCUCAGCCGACACGCUCACCUACUCGCCCUCCCCCAUCGUCAGGGGUGGGUUCAACUGGGGGCUGCACUUCAAGUGGGACCCCGUCCCCCCCUCUGAGCUCAACGGGCCUGAGGGAGCCACUGGACCAAUCAGGUCUCCAACCAUGGCAGGCGGUCUGUUUGCAAUCAACAGGAAGUACUUCAAUGAGCUCGGCCAAUACGACGCCGGCAUGGACAUUUGGGGCGGGGAGAACCUGGAAAUCUCCUUCAGGAUCUGGAUGUGUGGCGGUCAGCUGCUCAUCAUCCCCUGCUCCAGAGUCGGCCAUAUCUUCAGGAAGAGGCGGCCCUACGGCUCACCUGGGGGACAGGACACCAUGGCCCAUAAUUCCUUGCGGCUAGCACACGUGUGGAUGGAUGAGUACAAGGAGCAGUAUCUGUCUCUGCGUCCAGAGCUGCGUGAGCGCAGCUACGGCGACAUCAGCGAGCGCGUGGCGCUGAGGAAGCGGCUGCAGUGUCACUCAUUUCGGUGGUACCUGGACACGGUCUACCCUGAGAUGCAGACCGUCGCCAACGGCAACAAGCAGCAGCCGCCGCUGUUCAUCAACAAGGGUCUGAGACGCCCCAAAGUCCUGCAGAGAGGCCGGCUUCGUAACCUGGCGACCGGGCGUUGUCUCGUGGCCCAGGGCCGAGUCAGUCAGAAGGGCGGAGCCGUCGUCCUGCGACCGUGUGACCCCCGCGACCCCGAACAGGACUGGGCCUAUGAUGAGGAGGGUCAGCUGGUCCUGGCAGGUCUGCUGUGUCUGGACGUGUCAGAGGUCAGGACCUUUGACCCCCCCAGACUGAUGAAGUGUCACGGCUCAGGGGGGUCGCAGCAGUGGAGCCUGGGGAAGUCUAACCGGCUCUACCAGGUCUCAGUGGGACAGUGUCUCUCUGUUGCUCAGCCAGUCGGGCCUAAGGGUUACGUCUCCAUGGCGAUAUGCGACGCUUCGCAGGCGCAGCAGUGGCAGCUGGAGGGCUGAGGAGGAGGACGUCCCACCUCCACGAGAUGGACGGGCGUCUUCGGUCCACUUUAGUUUUUAAAGACAAUCAGGUUUUGUGCGUCGUGGUGUUUAAAUGUUUUUAGGUUGCGAUCUGCUGCUUUAAUUAAUCACAGUUUCAUGUUUUCAUCCUCGUUUCUGCUUUUUAAUAAACACGUUAAACACGUCGGGUCUGGAUGGAGACAGACGCGGUGGGCGGAGCCUCGGUGCUCUCUGGGAAAUCAUCUUUUUAAACAUCCUGGAAAUGAAGUAAGGCCUGAAAACAAUGAGCCGGGCUGAGGGACGCUAAUGAGGACAAACUGUGGACGUGUUGGAGUCGGGCGAUGUCUGGACCUCGGGGACAGAAUCACAACAGAGAGAUUUUAAAGUCUGUGUCAUUUCAUUAUGAAUAAAUCUUACCUGUACGUCACACACCACCUGGACCAGGUCUGAUCAGUCCUCAUGCUCCAAUCAGAGGCAUCGUCCUCACGUGUCUGACCAAUAAAAAUCAGCCUCUCUGUGAAGUGAUGAACAGAAAAU